ACAAGAAAAAACAAUACUCCACUAAACGACGGAGGAAUUGUAGUCACAACACAAACAACAUUCAUUUACUUACAUGUCCCAAAAGUUCAUCCGUAGCAAUCCCACCUUGGAACAAAAAAAAAAAAGGAAAAAUCCACACUAAAAUCUUCGAAUUCUCAUAAAAUUCCGUUUAUUCUAUAAUUUUAGGAUGUGGGUAUCCAUAAUUGUCGCUCUUCUGAACUGGGUUUGGUAGUAUUAAUCAUUAGCUGCGGUUGUGGUGUCUGUGGUAGUGUGAGGUUUUUUUUUUUUGGUUUCAGUAAUGGCUGCUACUAACGUUGGCUCCUCCUUCUCUUGUUUGGCUGCUGCUCUUUCCACUCCAAUACGCACCAGAAGUCCUUUUCAGUUGAGCUUAUCACGAGGAUUAUACAACAAUCAACAACAUGAACCUCAACUGCUAAGAUAUCCUAGAGGCAAGUCCUGCAAGUUCAUUCAUGGAAUACUUAACUCAAAAGGAAGGUCCCCAAAGUGGUGCAGUGCUCUUUUUGCAGUUUCUGAGGAACAACCGCUACAUGAUGAGAUAGAAUUAGUUGCAUCAGAGCAAGAAAACCUUGACCCUAGUGCUGAAGAUGUAUCUACUGCAAGCAAUUCAAAUAUUAUAUUUGAUGGUGCUGGUGGAAAACCAGGUCUAAUAUCCUUUUAUAACCACCGUUCAUACGAAAGAGAGGAUAAGAUUCAUGUGUUUAGUCCAGAGAAGAACCACAACAGCCUGUUAUGGUUUAUUGGUCCGGCUGUACUUGUAGCCUCUUUUGUCUUUCCCUCUCUGUAUUUGCGUAGAAUGCUCUCAGCAAUAUUUGAGGACUCUUUGUUGACAGAUUUCCUCAUACUGUUCUUCACGGAAGCUCUUUUCUAUUGCGGUGUUGCUGUGUUUCUUCUUCUAAUUGACCGUUUGGGGCGGCCCUCUAUGCCAGAAUCUACUGCAAACAGUAAUAGAACGCUGGCCUCACAUUUUGGACAACGAAUCUCAUCUGUUGCUGCUUUGGUACUUAGUCUUAUAAUUCCCAUGGUGACAAUGGGGUUCGUCUGGCCCUGGACUGGCCCUGCAGCAUCUGCUACUCUUGCACCCUACCUGGUUGGUAUAGUAGUCCAAUUUGCAUUUGAGCAGUAUGCAAGAUAUAAGAAGUCACCAUCUUGGCCUGUUAUUCCAAUAAUCUUUCAGGUUUACAGAUUACACCAACUGAACAGGGCUGCUCAGCUGGUAACAGCCCUAUCGUUUACAGUAAGAGGAGCUGAGAUGACCUCUCAUAACUUGGCGAUAAACAGCUCCCUAGGAACACUUCUGAAUGUCCUCCAGUGUCUAGGGGUUAUAUGCAUUUGGUCUCUAUCAAGCUUCCUUAUGAGAUUUUUCCCUUCACCUGCUUAUUCUUCUUAAUAAAGCAUCAAAUUUCCUUAUAUAACCAGUGAAACAACUUGCAUUUGAUCUUUAAAAUUCAACUCUUGAUAGGUCUAUUUUUUCAUUUUUUUUUUUGGUUGAAAAGUGAAUGGAUACUGAAGCAUUUUGACUUGUCCACAGCUAGUUACAAAGAUUUUCUCAGGACUUUGUAUACCAAGAAAGAUACUAAGUGCAGAAAAGAAAGCAAAAUUGGUGACAUUUUUUUUUUUCAUGUGCUUUCUUGCAAGUUAAUACCCAUUGUACAUAAAUUAUUUGUGCCACAGAUUGUUCAAUGUUUAUGAUCCUAAAAUAUGAGCUUAAACUGUUGGGUAUAUCAAUAAA